AGUGUGCACCAGGGAUGCAGAUACAGGCAGCGAGGCUCCGGAGCUGUGAGGGAAAAAGAGAUUUUCUCCUGUGUUCAUUAAACUCUGGUGUCCUGAAACAAGAGAUUUUCAGAAAUGCGUGCCUGUCACUCGGAGAGCAUCUUCAAAGCCGUUUGUUAACAGACCAACUGGCAGGAGGCCGAACAUCCUGCUCGCUCCAAACAGUACUACAUUACCAGAUUUGUCACCAUGGCAACAAAACCCGAGGCCUGGCAGGAGCAGGGUCCCAUCAACUCAAUAGACAAGCAGGUCAAUGAGUCCUGGGCCCAGGGUGAAGUGGGCUCCACCGUAGGCCUCCACAGCUCCCCUCUGCAAGAGAAAAGAGCUCCCAGGGCAGAACCCGAAGAGGACAUAGAUGACCUGGAGCCUGGAGCUCAAGGCCAAACUCUGCAGGAGAACCAAACACUCUCGGGAAUUCAAACAGGGGAUGCAACCGAAUUGGAAAAUCAAGAAUCAACAACCACCAGGGAAAAGCUAGAAGCUGUGACAGAGGAAGUAUCAGAAUUAUCACAGGCUGAGGAGGAAUCAGAAAAUCCUGCUGACGUAUGUGAGGAUGCUUUCCCACCCCCGCCUCCUCUCCUCAUUGCCUCAUCAACGGAUGAAUGCUUAGAGGCUGAGGGGUUUUCCAGGCUAGCGGACGAGGUUUCUGAGUGGAUCAGUGAUGCUAAGAUUAUCUCGGACCCUGCAGAAGACCUAAUUUCUCCUGAUAAAGAAUGGGCCCUGACAACUCAGCUCACUGAACUAGUUUAUCAAGAGGUAGAGUCAAUAUCCAAGGAGAUGACAGCAGAUGAUAUGGCAGCGGAGGAGAAUGACACACAGCUGCACUUUUCACCUGAUGCUUCUGACAACAGUGAACCUGAAAAUAAUAUAUCUGGGUCUGCUCAGCAGUCUUCCUCUGACAGUAACAGCUCCGAUGAUGUACGCUCGCCUCCUUUUGCUGAUGAAAGUGAGGAAGAAGAGGAAGUUAGCAUGGAUAUUGCAUCUCGCCAGCAGGAAUGGAGUACACUAGAUAUAAGAAGCAAGCUUCUCCAACCCUCAUACUCCAAUGCCGAUGGCCCAACAUCACCGCUGCCUGCAGUUCCCUCAGCCAAACAGCAGGAAGAGCUGUUGCCUCUACGCCAAAGUGCACUUGUCCCCAAGAGAGCAAACCAGGAAGCUACACAACAGGUGCAAGGCCAGAGCUCUCCACCUUUGUCGACCGUUGCCAUGGAGUCAUCCAAUCAGGGUGGGGCAGCUUCUCAAGGCUCUGGGUGUAUUGGAGCUGUGAGGCACAGCGGGGCGGGGGAAAGCACAGAGGGAGAAUGCAAGCAAACAGGUGAGGAGGAAGGGCAGAACGAGAGUGGACCUGACAGGAGCAGGGCAGAAGGGCAACACAGCACAGGACUGUUAAGAUCGGUCCAAAGACAAGAGCGAUACGUGACUGAAAAUUGCGUCCAAGGUGUGAAUUUUAAACACAGUAAACAAGACAGAAUGGAGAGCGACUUUUGUGAUGACAGCCAGAGCGACAGUGGAGUAUCAGCGGACUUCUCCCCAGGCAGCACUUUGGGGGGCAACACCACCAUCUCCACGGGGACUCCAGCAUCCAAAGAGACUCCCAUUGAGAGUGAGAUCCGACGUACUAUAGAGCGUGAACACAGCCUGAGAAGGUCCAGAGGACUUCCAAAUCCCCCCACUUCUCCAGAGUACGUGGAGAUUCCUUUAAGAAAAAACGUUCUCUCUGAGCCGCUCAAUAUUAAGUCCGAGAGGUGUCAAGGCAAAGACAAGCAGUUUGCAGGCAAAAAAAUGCAGCAGGAGAUCCACGAGGAGACCCAGAGAGAACAGGACCUGGUCGAGCUUGGGAAAGUUCCAGGUUUCUACGACAAAGGCACAGUUCGCCAACUCAAAGAAAAGAAACAGAUUUUUGAGGCCUUUCAGCAACCCAGUGACUCGACUUUGUCUGUCUCAACCAGGAGUAAAACCACGUCCUGGUCCUCAGCCAAUGACGUUUCCACCUUGGAGGAGAACCAGGAGGAUACCUUGUCACAGACAUCCACCAUAGGAGCCUUGUAUGUGGAGAGGAGACAGAGCACAGACUUGCUAAGUCCCCCAGUGAGCCCUUACUCAGCCAAAGGAAGGCAUUCAACCUACUCAACCCCUCCAGUAAUGGGGUUCUCCAAGGAGACGGAUCACCAGGUCAUCAUCAUAGAGAAUAACCUGAGUGUCCCAGCUCAGAAGCUGUACCAUGCCAAACUUGAGGCAGAGCCUGUCGACACAGUCGACUCUGGAGAUCCAAACAUCUCAUCGCAAGGGACAGGAACAAGUGGUGGGAUUAUCAAGGAGGAGGAGGAGGAGGAGGAGGUGGCCCUCAAGGAUAAUCCCUUUUUCAAGCUGCGCUCCUCGACAAAUGUAGCCAAAGUGGAGCAGGAUAUCCGGGAGGCUCAAGAGAGGGAGAAGGAGCUCCGUAAGCAGAGGAUGAGUCUGUAUGGGGGAGCAGGGGUUGUACAAGUAGGAGGAGAAACGAUUCCCACAAUGUCUUCCUCCUCUCUGAAUGGUCCAGCUGUUCCUGAAAUACCUGACUCCUCACCCAGGUGGAGGAACGGACCCUCAGCAGCACAACAGUCAGCUGGCAAGGUGAGCAUAUGGCCGCCGCCCCAGGCUGAAGAGGGGAGGACUACUCAGCAAGAGGUCCUCUGCAGUCCCCGGACCCCCAGACAGAAGAGCCCUCUAGUGCAGCGCUGGGAGUCCGGCCUGGUCAACGGACACAACGAGGGAGACGACUGAGGAGACGCUGACAGAGCCAAAUGAACGAGGGAGGAAGGUUUACAAAGGAGGGCUGAAAGGCUGUGAUAAAAGAGGAGUGCCUUGUACGGAAAGCGGGAACAGACUAGAGGAGGGAGCGGUGAUGAAGAGGAGGAAAGAGAGACAGAAUGAGGGGGACAGAAAGAGGUCAGGGAUUUGGGAUUGAAAGGGGGUCGGGAGGAUUGGGAGCACGGGGAAGGAUCGGUGGUGGCAGCCUGAAAAACCAGCAAGGAGGAGAGGACAAGGAGGAAGGAGGGCCACCUAUUAGUGGAUAAGCACUCUGCCUCCUUUUAGUGCUGGAAACUCUGAGACUAAUGAACUUAAAAUGGGAAGAAAAAUAAUAAUAAUACUGCACUGCAGAAAAGAAAAGAAAAAUGUAAAUGUAGUAAGAAUGAGAUUUUAAUGAACUUCUUAACCAUUGGAGUUUUUGAAUAAUAAUGCUGAAAAGAGCUUGAUAAAACAAUUUGUCAUUCACAGUUUUGUGCUUUUAUUAAUGAUGUGGUUCUCUGAGUUACCAGUUUAUUACACUUGUGUAUUAGCCAUAUAAUAAAUCCGACCUCUGUGCUUUUUAUUAUUUUUUAUUGACAUUUGUUUGUCUGUUGUUGGUUCAACUUUGCUGUAAUUGAGGAGGUUGCGUUAUAGCUGUGUGGUUGAAUUAACUGAAUUAACUAGAUAUCUUUCAGAUAUAAGUAAAUAUAUGAAGAGGGAGAGUGUAACAACUCUCAACUAAUGGCACUCAGUAAAGUGUAGACCUUUGUCAAGUCCCCUUAUGAAACCACAUUUAAAUUCACUAGAUCUGGAUUUUUAUUUGGAUCUGCACCAAAUUGCACAAACUUGUAUAUAUCGUUCCCCUAAACAUGAUUCAUGAAUUAUUCUCAGAGAAAUUAACAAACACCAAUUAAAAACACCCAAUCUCGCAAUGAUAAAGAAAACGUAAUGGAUUGGUCCCCACAAAAUGUCAUAGAAAUGGAUUAUGUAGUUUUUGUGUAAUCCUGCUAACAAACAAACAAAUGGAGACAAAAACAUAACUUGGCGGAGGUAACAAUUAAAUUAACCACAGCCAUGAAAAUAAAAACUAACUUUAGUUUUACGGUUGUUUUUUUCUAUUUGAUCACUUUGUCUUUUCAGAAUAAACUGGUAACUCGGUGCAGAUACUGCACAGGUCUUAGUAUCAACAGCUCCUCCUUCUGUUAUUUCAUGCCUCACAACUUAAAGCUGGAUCAAAGUGUAAUGAGGAAACAUUCUGCUGGAUUGCAGAUCUGAUUAAUACCAUACAACACAAAUCUAAUGUUGAAUAGCUGCUCUGCUGUAGGAUAUCUAACAUGGUGCAAUAAAUGAAGUACUUUGGAAUGGAAUGGAUUGAUACACAUAUAAAAAACUAUCCCCUGUAUUUAUUUAUACAAAGUUAAUAUGUUCAGUGUUAUUCUACUAUUAUAAUAAAACAAGAUUAAAAUUGUUGGCCA